AUGCUUCCGGGGUCUUUAAUUCGGCGUCAAUUGCCUCAGGCAGUGGCAUUGGGUUCUUCCACUAAACCUUUAUUUGUGUCAGGCAUCAGCUGCGGUCGAUCGUGUACGGCCUUACCCAGCUCGAGUUUGCGGCCUAACUCAACCAGCUUCCCUCGAUACUACACUCGACAAUCACAUCCAUAUAGCCGCAACGUUCGCCUACGUCGCCAAAGCCCUUCUUCGCCAGUUGCUUCUUGGAGCCGGUCAUACUAUCACCCUGCCUCCGACCUUUCUCCCUCGAACACCCAUUUCUCCCCAGAACAAGCCUCGAUACUUUCCCUUGCUCUUUCAAACUAUGUCCCCAGGCUUGGAUUCACAACUGAAGCUGUUGUUCUUGCAGCACAGGAUGCAGGUUACCCAGAGGUUUCCUUGCAGCUGUUUCCCCGUGGAGGAGAAAUUGAACUUAUCAUUUAUUGGCUAUCAACAAGACGAGCCCUCUUGAAAGAGAAGGUCCAAAAUGGAGAGAUUUUCGCAGCAGAGGAGAAGCUAAGCGUUGAUAAGAAAGCGAAAAGGCUUGUCCUGGAGAGACUUAAAAUGAACAGUGAUAUAAUUCAGCAUUGGCAAGAUGCUCUAGCAGUAAUGUCAUUACCUGCAAACAUUUCCUCAUCACUGCAUGAGUUAUAUGAGCUUUCGUCUGAUAUCCUCUACCUUGCUGGAGAUCGCUCUGUAGACUCGUCGUGGUACUCCAAGAGACUUUCCGUGUCAACUGUAUAUGCCACUGCCGAAAUCACUAUGACAGAAGAUAAAUCCGAAGGGUUUACUUCUACAGAAGAGUUUGUUGAAAGACGCUUUGGGGACUCCAAUGCUAUCACUGGAACCGUUGGUGAUGUGAAGACAUAUCUAGGCUUCCUUGGCGGUAGCUUGGUUGCGGCUGGAAGAAGCCUGGGAAUGAAAAUAUAA